AUGGCAAAAUCAGAGCCAAGCACUCUUGAAGCACUUAGCGUGCUCCUAAUUUUUGGAAAUCCUUCCAAUUAUGACACAGAAUUAAUUCCUUCAAUCUCCCAACCUCAUCUUCAAUUCAAUUCUGUAUCUGACAUUUUACUAUACCCAAUUAUUUCUUACCUCAAAAGUCUCGGCUAUGACCUCGACCAUUCUAUGCUCUGGUAUCAUUCUCCAUCAUCAGAUUCCAAAAUUUACUGUGGAAAUGAUCCUUUGCCAUUAUUUUCCUCAAUUCCACUAUACGAGCUAGAAAACAAUACCAUCACUAUCACAUCUCGGCAAGCAAUUCGUAACGUUUUUGGGACAAUUUCCACUGUAGGAUGCCAGUCAAAUCCUAAAUUAAAGCCACAAAAAGAAGCAAUUACAAAAAUUAACGCAGCUAGAAGGACAAAGGAACGAAAAAUUGGUUUUAUUAUUGAAAAAGUGUCUAGCUGAAGAAAAUUAUAUCAGGGAAAUUUAGAAGAUGAGGUCUCAGUAAAACUGGACCUUGAUGAAGCUGCUGGCCAAGUAGGGGUUUCAAAAAAAUCUCUGGACGAUUAUUUGUUGCAGAUUAGGUUUGGGAGAAAAUUCGGGUUUAAUUUUCAAGAACAUAAAGAUGAUAAAGUAGGGGUUUUAAGAGCUUUUGUGAAAAAAUGUAAACAUUUGCAAAUGUAUGCUGCACAGAUAGAAGCUGGGGAAGAACUUCCAAAAGAAAUUGUGAUGAAAUUGCAAGAGCCAGGAACUCCAGCUUGUAAGCAUAAUAGGUGUUGUGCGCCUAAGUUUUCGCUAAAGUUUAAAUGUGGAGAAGGGCAGUAUUAA